AUGUGGAACACAACCCAGGGUGGCGAGAAUGGCACUGACCUGUGGUGGCCAUGGCUGCCCUGGCCGACCACAACUACAGUGCCGGUCGCCACGGUACCGCCACCAGCGCGUUCUAAUGAAGGCCGGAGGCUACAGAUCAUCAACCGAUGCAAGCGGCCAAUGAUAAUGCAUCCAACUGGUGGCAACAGUGAGAUCCCAUGUGGUUUGGGAUGUCCUGGCGGGAUGACUUGCAAUCCAUACAACAGGUUCUGCUACUUCGACUUGUUCGAACCAUCCGCAGGCUGGACGAUACAACCCGGAGCCACGGCGGAGUUCCACACUCCAAAUGUUGCUGUUCGCCAGGGCAACGGCGUGGUUGCAGACUGGAGCGGCAAACUGGAGUUCUACCCCAACUCCAGCAUGGACAUGGGGCCACCGGCAUCAGCUCUCUGCAACGGACAAAGCAAGUGCCCGACAUACCAGGGACUGAACGGAGUUGCCACGGCCGUCGAGUUCACCUUCGUUCCUCACGGUGCAGACUUCUAUGAUGUUUCGAUCAUUAACGGGUUCAACAUUGGCAUCGAGAUGAAGCCAGACGGAUCCUUCCAACCUGUCCACGCAGGUGCCAACGGCCGCGGAUACAACUGCGGAGCAGCUGGAGCUCUGACGCAAGCAGACAGGCGCUUGUCAGCUUGCUCGUGGGAGUUCUCCAAGCGCCUCCAGACACUGGGACAAGCUGACAUCAGCCCACUGCUAACGCAAGUCGAUGGGGGAUAUGGCUACUGCCGGACUCAUGCGGACUGCCAGGGGCAAGGCAUUGUAUGUGGGCAGGUUGCGAAAACGGUCUGGGAUUGGGUGGCGAGGGUGUUUCGUCCGACGACACAGAUUACCAUGGAGUGUGGCCAUCGGAUUGGUAUGUGGUCGGUCUACCAGCUUUGCGUCUGGAGUGGGAACACGUAUCGCAGCCCUGCCCCUUUCGAUGGACUGAUUGACUGCCCCAGCAUGCACUACAUGUUUGCCUGUGCUGGCCCUGAACCCUGGACAACAACCUGCUACAACGACGUACCUGCUGGUGAGGAGUGCUGCGGAUGUGCAAACUGGACAGCAGCACUGGGAAUUCCCGUGCCGGACGGUGGCAAAGGCUGCCAAGGAGCCAGUCAAACAUGGCAGGUGACCGCUCAGCCUUUCUACGAAAUUCUGAAGGCCGGCUGUCCGACGGCCUACACCUUUGCAUUCGAUGAUGAGACCAGCACAUUCACGUGCCAAACUGCCGAGAGCCAGGAAGAUGAUGCUGUUCCCAACGCGGCGGGCUACAACAUAACACUAUGCCCGACGGACCCGGACUUCGUAGAACUGGGUGGAGGAGUUGACCAGGUUUGCAGAGGCGAAGCUUGGUGGGACAACAACAACAUGUACUUCAUCCUCUUUUCUAGCCAGACUUUGAGUGAGUGCAAGAUGAGAUGCCGCGAGACAGAUGGCUGCAAGGGCAUUGAGUAUGGCCCCUUUGGGCGGUGCGAGGUUUGGACACGAAGUGCUGGCAUCCAGUCGACCAGAACUCUGGCAGGGUACACGUGCCUCCGAUACGUCCCGUACGAGUUCCAGCAGAUGGGAACGGGCAAAGAUGCAGCUUGUCGUGGGUUGACAGCCCGCGACAGUUCAGAACACGAUUACAGACUCUAUGUGAACGAGACGUUCAGCGGUUGCCAACGACGCUGCCGCAUUGCUUCGGAUGUCUGCCAGGGCAUCGACUUUGCCCUGGAUGGCAGGUGCGAGGUAUGGACUCACAGUGCAGGCAUCCGUGCGACGGUUCCGGUGAUAGGGCAUUCCUGCUACAUCUUUGCCCCAUCCGACUUCGAGAGCGUGGGUGGGGAGGAUCAGGCAUGCCGUGGACAGACAUGGUACGAUAAUUCGCCUUCGUACUACACCCAUGUUCGAGACCAGAACCUCGACUCUUGCAAGAGCCUCUGCAGAGGCAUGGGGACCAGGUGCAAAGGAAUCGAGUUCGGUCCUUUUGGAAGAUGCGAGUUAUGGACGCGUACGUCAGGAAUUCAAUCCAGCAUGGCUCUGGGUGGCUUUGCGUGUUAUCGGCAUGUGCCCCUAUGA